UUCUUGGGUCACUUGUUGCUGCAUCACACCUUAAUAAUUAUUCAUAUUAUGGAAACUCUUAAAUUCUCUGAUUUAAAAUAUGAAGAAAAAGAUCUUCAUAUACCAUCUCUUCAGGAGGUCAAAGAAGUUCUAUCUGGAAAGUUACCUAACAAUUUCACUCAUGUCUCUGUUGAUAUAGUUGAGUGCCCUGAUUUAACGCAAAAACCAUUUUGUCUCGCUGCACCAGGUUUGAGUGGAAAUCCUAAUUUACUCGAACUAGGUGGGGCUCCUUAUCUCUUACCACUUGUUCAAAGAGAAAAAAUAUAUGAUAUAAAAAACAUUGCUAAGUCUUUGGACUUGAGUCCGGUUUUAGCUAUAGGAGCUGGUGCAGGACCAUGGCCAUAUGCUGGUGUAUGUUGUGAGGGUAUUUUCAAUAUGCACCUAGCAUCUGACUACCUUGAAAACAAAACACACAUAGCUACUGUUAACAUGGAAAAUGGUGCAUUAUUAGGAAAUCUCUUUCUGUCUGAAGGACAUGCCGGAUCUGUAUUGCGUGUCCAUUGUGCAACUAGACAUGGACCUAAAGAUUUUAUUGCAAGCAUCAGGACAGCUUUGAGUGAACAUUAUGGAGACCAAGUUGUGUUUCAUAUUUCUUUUCUAGGUCUUGGAGGAACUUUUCUUUUAAAGCAAGGCCGUGCCAGGCAGCAUGUUAUGACAGAUUUUUCUGAAACUACUCCUAUUUAUACUGAAGAACAACUAAAUGCAUGGUUAAGAUUCUUUCAAAUGGAGGCUCCUUUAGUGGCAGUUGGCACCUUGGUUACUGCAGUCACAGAUCUUGAUUUAAGAGUUCAGCACUUUCACAGCUUCAGCGACCAUGGUCUGGGUGGUCAUUAUCACAUUGAUACUACUCCUGAUUCUGUGGAGUAUCUGGGAUAUUUCAAUGUUGCUAAAAAAAUCAUGAGGCUGGAUAGACCUGAAAAAACUCACAUGUUUGGAAGGGAUUGAUUAGUAGAAUUCAUUGAUGAAAAUUGGUAUGAGAACAACAUUGUGAUUAUCAACACAGGUAUAACUAAUUUACU